AUGUCAGUGAUUCACACUUUGUGCGUUUUCGUUGGCUUAGUGGUUUUUGUCAAGUACAAAUACUGUGACCCACUCACUAGUCACAUGAUCUCAAAACAUGACCAAAUUUUUCCUUAUUUUGUAACUGAGAUUGGUGCCAGCGUACCAGGAAUCUCGGGUCUCUUUAUAGCAGCCAUUUGUAGUGGAUCACUAAGUUCAAUGUCUGCAAACUUAAACGCUCUCUCUGGUGUUAUUUAUAAAGACAUUGUGUACUUUUUCCUCAAGAAAAAACUCUCUGACAAAAGUGGUAGUGGUAUUUUAAAAGUGAUAGUCCUUGCUGUUGGAACCUUGAGUACUGGCUUAGUGUUUACAAUAGGACUAUUGGGAGAAAUAAUUUCGGUUAGUAUAUUAGUAGCAAGUCUUUCACUUGGACCGUUGUUGGGGUUGUUUACACUAGGAGUUCUCUUCCCCAAGGCGAACUCAAAGGGAGCUUUUUAUGGUAGUCUAGGAGGUUUUGUUGCUGUUGGAAUUUUAGCAAUUCCGGCCAAAUUUUACGAAAUGAGAGGUUUCCUAAAAUAUCCUACGAAACCCCUGUCUAUAAGUAGUUGCUCUCUGUUCAACCAGACGUUAACUGAGACAAAUUUCGCAUCUUUUAACACCCCUGCAUUAAAUGAUUCCGUUACAUUCCAACCCCCCUCCUUUUUUAAGAUUUCGUUUUUCUACUAUACAUUCUUUGGAGCCGUGAUGACUAUAAUUUUCGGAUUGAUCAUCAGUUGUAUGUCAAAGAGUGAUAUUUUAGUUGACAGAAAACUGCUGAGUCCCUUGAUAUAUAAGUGCUUGCCUAAAGAAUGUCGAGAAGAGGAGAAGAUGGCAUGCGUUAGCCUACAAAACUCAUCAGAAAUUCGUGCUUAG